CUGUCCAACUUCAUAUCUAUGAAUCUUUAUAAUUUUGUGGUUUUUUCAUCCAUUUUUAAUUUGUCACCAACUUACUAUAAACAUUGAGCCAUAUUAAAUGGAUGCAGAGGACUAACUAAUGUGGAUUUACUCCUUUGUUUUGUUCUGUCAACGUUCACCAUCACAACCAUUGUAUUUAGAAAUUUAUAGGUGUGCUUUCCGUUUUAAUUUUUUGCUAUCACUUUUAAUUAAAGAAAUGUUACAUUGUUUUCACUUUGUUUUAAAUAUCUAGAGUUUUGUAUUGUUUUCCCUAGUUCCAGUACAAAAUUUUCAAAACAAGAAAUGGAAUUGUUUAUUACCUUUUUUAAUUGAUAGAGUAAAACAAUAAUUAAACAUGCCUGUAGAUUGUCAAAAUUUAAACCUUAUGUGAGUGUGAAUUUAAGUUACAUUUGAAAGCUCUUUGUUUACACAUGUUGAAGUUGUGGGAUGUAAGAUGAGAGGAGGAAAGAAAAUAUUAAGAACCUUGAUUAUAACUGAUAAUCAGUUGAUUUGAUACUGACUUGAUAAAAAUGACUAAACCAGAAAAAUCAAGAAUAUAGAACAAAUCAUAAUAGUAAAUAGUAAUAGUAAGUAAUUAUUGAUCUCAUAAUUACAUUAUCUUUUUUUUGGUGAAUUGCAUUUUAUGUGCCACGUGGUGCGCCAUGCGAACUCCACGUUGUUGCCACUAAACUUGGUGCCCCAUUUAUAGGUCUUCUCAUCGCCGCUGUGCGUGCGUGGUCAAGAUGAUGAAAGAUUGUGUGAGAGUAGAGCGAGAUUCAUAGAAAGUUGAUUUUUAUUAUCUGUUUUUUCGUUUAUUUUCCCUCAUCUGUUCGAUUAAUCCAACUAUUGACUAUAGCGCAGGAGAGAUAGUGUGCGAUCCCAGAAAGGGACCAGGCCGCACGAGCCAAAUCCGUUCUGCUGUCAACUGUUGUCCAGAUCCAGAUCUUAAAAGGGACCAGGUCUUCGCUCCUAUCCUCCUAAGUGCGCUUUUUGCAUUACUUUUUCCUGGUGUGAUUUCUUGGAAAAUCAAAUGCAUCGUCUUCCAGAUCACAUAUACGUUUCUUCUUCUUCUUCUUCCUCUUCUUCUUCUUCUUCUUCAGAUGAUGAUGAUGAAUAUAACCCUAUGACAAAUAGUGACAACACAAAUCAACUUGCCCAUGAUCCCCUUCUGCGUAGACCACCUCGGAGUUCAGCUCAUAGAGUUUUGCCAGUAGUUGGUGCUUUCGCUGUUCAAUGUCAUUACUGUUCUAAAUGGAGGUUAACUCCAACGGAGAAAAAAUAUGAAGAAAUACGUGAACAUAACCUUCAACAUCCUUUUGUUUGUGAAAAUGCUCGGGAGUGGCGACCUGAUAUUUCUUGUGAUGAUCCAGAGGAUGUUUCUCAGGAUGACAGUAUGAUUUGGGCUAUUGACAAGCCAGGAAUUCCACAGACUCCAGAUGGAUGGCAGCGACUGCUACAAAUUAGAGGUGAAGGAAGCAGCCAAUUUGGAGAUAUAUACUAUGAAGCACCAUCAGGCAAGAAAUUGCGCUCAAUGCCUGAAGUGAACAAGUUCUUGGUGAAUCAUUCAGAGUACACGACAGAUGGUGUUACUUCUGCACGGUUCUCAUUUCAAAAGCCUAAGCCCUUGCAAGAGAACUAUGUGAAGAAGAAGCGCUCUCAUGCUAAAUCUGUUGAACCUAACCAAGGGAUUCCUGUUAGUCGUCCUGCAAAGAAGCAAGCAACUCAAAGUUUCAUCCAUAAAGAUGCAGUUUAGUGGAGAAAGAAGUCAACUGAAGGACCUGAUCAAAUUUCUAAAUCCCCUUUUUUGAUUUGAUUUUGGUGUAAGAUUGCAUCUUACUCUGUAAUAUGUUUUUUGAGUGGAGAAAUGUAUGAUUUUUGGAUUAUUGUGCAUGGUGAUAUGUGUGGUGCUUGAUUGCAUCUUACUUUUGUUAAAAAUGAACUGCAAAAUUGGAUGAAAGGCAUAGCUUGACAUAUAUUCUGCAGUAUGAACUUAGCAUGCCGAAAACGUGUAUGAUAUACUAUGAGUUUGGGUUGAAAAGUAUUUGUCUUAGUCUUUUGAGUA